AUGGCCGGCCGGCGAGAGGCUCCUCUGAUGCGCGGCGGCGGGGCCAGCGGGCAGCCGCUGUCGCGCGGGUCCCGCAUCGCGGCGGCGGUGGCCGUCGGCGUUACUCUCGGCUGCGUCUGCGCGUUCAUCUACCCCGAAGGCCUCAUCUCCCGCUCCCCCGACUCCGCAAUCCAUUGGCCUCGCCGGGUUGACUCAGUUGCUUGCAAGACACCUAAGGAAGUUGCUAACGUGAAGUCACAGUUGGCAUCAUUGGAGAGAAAAAAUGCUGAGUUCAGGAAGCAGAUAGAUGAACUCUCGAUGAAGCUUCAAUUGGCUGGACAAGGAAAAAAUCAGGCUUUUUAUAGUGCUGGUCCUUUUGGUACUGUGAAGGCUCUUAGAACAAAUCCAACAGUUAUGCCUGAUGAAUCUAUCAAUCCCAGAUUGGCCAAGAUAUUGCAACAGGUUGCAGUAAAGAAAGAACUGAUCGUUGCAGUGGCAAACUCUAAUGUGAAAGAGACGCUUGAGAUGUGGUUUACUAACAUCAAACGAGUUGGAAUUUCAAAUUACUUAGUUGUUGCAUUAGAUGACAAUGUAGAAGACUUUUGCAAGUCCAAAGAAGUCCCAGUUUACCGGCGGGAUCCAGAUGAAGGCAUUGAUAGCAUAGGGAAGACAGGUGGAAACCAUGCUGUUUCUGCUCUGAAAUUUCGCAUAUUGAGGGAAUUCUUGCAGCUUGGUUACAGUGUUCUCCUCUCUGAUAUUGAUAUCAUGUUCUUCCAAAAUCCCUUUGAUCACCUUUACAGAGAUUCUGAUAUAGAGUCCAUGAGUGAUGGCCACGACAAUAUGACAGCUUAUGGUUUCAAUGAUGUUUUUGAUGAGCCUUCGAUGGGCUGGGCAAGAUAUGCACACACGAUGCGUAUAUGGGUCUAUAAUUCUGGAUUUUUCUUCAUAAGGCCAACCAUUCCUUCAGUUGAGCUUCUGGACAGGGUUGCGCGUCGACUCUCUCGUGAACCCAAAUCUUGGGACCAGGCAGUUUUCAACGAGGAACUAUUUUUCCCCUCACAUCCUGGUUAUGAAGGUCUCCAUGCAUCCAAAAGAACCAUGGAUAUAUAUCUGUUUAUGAACAGCAAAGUUCUCUUCAAGACUGUGAGGAAAGAUGCUCAACUGCUGAAGUUGAAGCCAGUGAUUGUUCAUUUGAACUACCAUCCUGAUAAGGAGCAGCGGAUGAAAGCAGUGAUUGAAUUUUAUGUUAAUGGAAAGCAGAAUGCACUUGAGCAUUUCCCUGAUGGAUCAGAAUGAUAAAAGCUUAUGAGGGACAGGACAUGACCAUUCUCGUUAUCCAUGGUUUUUGAAACUCUAAAUGGAAGCACAUAUUCGUAAUUACUACAAAGAAUACAUCAUCAUUUUGGAAUUGCUUGAGAUGUCGACUCUGAAUGAGGAUCUAACCCCAAUAGUUACGUAGUUGGUCACUUGAAUGUCGUUCUCUAUACCUUCAGGUACUUGAUUGGGCUUAAACAUUUAUAUGUCUGUAGUUAAUAAUGACUAGCAGUAUCGUCUGUGCAGCAUAGAUUUAUGGUUUUAUAUCUGCUAUGAAUCUCUGAUGCAUAUUGAAAUAUACUUUACCACACAAAGAAAAUGUACUCUUGUUGGUUGUUAACCAAUGACAGCUAUAAUGACCAUAUUUGA